GCUGCGAAAACUGCAGAUGCUGCCGGCUCCCUUUUUACAUUUUUUUAGUGUAAUUUCUCAUGUUAAAAGCAAGGUUGCCGUGGUUUACAUUUUCUUCCGUCGAUGCCCAUGAAAUUUAAAGACCCACAUGUACGUGUAGUCUCGGAGGGGGGUUCGUUCUUUGAGGUUCCACGACGAACAAGAUGGAGUAUAGCUAUGCCCAUGACAGACAGGAGGCCCGGGCUAACCCAGAGCCAGGCCAGGGGCACCCUCAGAACCAGCAUCUUUUGCAUUAUCAGCACCAACAGUACCCACCACCACACCACCCAAUACAGACAGGGUACCCUGGACUCAGACUUGCCCCGUACAUGAACCCGCUACCGGUGCAGGGUGGGGGGACACCAGCAGGACUUGGUCUCGGUCAAGAAGGGGGUCUGGUCCAACCCCCAAGGAUUCCUACAUCGGGUUCUACAGCAAGCAGCAGGGAUUCCAGUCAGAGUAGUCAUGAAUUUGAGAACGUUCUUAGUACUGUCAUGCAAGGGAGCAAUGUACAAGGUCAUUACCACCAAGAGGUACCAUCACACAGCCAGCAUGGGAUACCUCUUCAGCAGAUCCCAACGUUGCCAUCGACCCAACAACCCUCACCACCCCUCCAGCAAGGUCAGACUGGUAGUAGCAACACCUACCACAUAGAGGACCUCUCCCACAACACUCGCCUCCCAACUACUACCUCCUGCGACCCAUUGAGCACCGCUCCUGGGAGCAUCGAGGUGUGUGCCAACACGUCCAAGAGCAACUCGCGUGCCGUAUCUUCUACGGGUCGCACGCCUAAGAAGCGGGCCGCUCCAGGAUCUAAUCCCAAACAACUGAGUAAGUUGCCCAGCAUGCAGACACCAUUGACGCAGAUAGUGACUCCUCAGGUUUACCAGCAAACACAAGUGUCACAGCUACAUGCGGACCAGACACCUCGCCCAAGGGACACCAUAAGCUUCAGCAAACACUGCCAGACCGAACCUUUGUUCCAACAGGUCUACAAUGCCUCGGUGCACUUUUCCAAGGAGAAGGAACUACCUGAUGGUCUUAGGUAUACAGAGGAUGAGAAAGAGAAGAAGAUAUCUGGUGUCGUCGCAACCAAAGACCUUGAGGUCGGGAUGCAGUUUGGACCGUUUACUGGAGAAUUUGUGAAGGAAGGCUUGGGGUGCUUCAACCCAAACACAUGGGAGGUAUGCGUGAGGGGAAAGACCUGGUACUACAUCGACGGAGCCACCGACCCUCACAACUGGAUGCUCCACGUCCAGUUUGCCAGGAAUUCUGAGGAACAGAAUCUGGAGGCCUUCCAGUUCUACGGGGACAUCUACUUCCGAACCACCAAGCACGUAAAGUCUGGGACGGAACUGAGGGUGUUCUACAGCCAGGAUUACUCUAAGCAUGUGGGCUUCAAGGAAAACCUCAACAACCUGCUGUACUUUGAAGAUGCUGAAAGGUUUGAGUGCAGAGACUGUGACAAUCGCUAUACUAAUUCCAAAAGCUUGUUUAGACACAUCAAGUUUGAACAUGACAACAAGAAAAACCUGAUUCCUCCCAAGGAUUUUGAACCAGCCAAGCCCACUCCACCGCCGAAGCCAAAGAUACCAAACCUCAUGACCAUCAAGGAUGUCGCAGCAAAGAUGGCGAGGGACAAAGAGCGCAAUGCAGAGAAGGCUCGGGAGAGACCUCGAGUGGACAAGUCCAAGAGAUUCUUGAAGGUCAAGCUCGUCCCACUUGGAAAAUCUUCAGAGAAGGAUGAGAAAGAAGGAGAGUUCUCUUGCAAGAGGUGCAGGAAGAAGUUCCCGUCGGAGGGGCACUUGAAGGAACAUGCUGCAUUCCACAAGGAAAUGAAAGACGUGAAGCCAAUUUGCGAGGUCUGUGGGCUCGAGUGUAAGCAUAACAAAGCACUGAAGCAACAUCAGCUUUCCCAUAACCCUGAUGCAUUCCAGUGUGAGUUCUGCAAGAGGUAUUUCCGAAGGAGAGGUUGUCUUGUAUACCAUCUGAGGCACAUCCACCAGACCUUUGUAGGUGAGAAAUGGACAAGGGGCAACGUCCAGGAGCAGAUGACGAGAUACGUGGGGCCUGGUGAGGAAGAUGAGGAAGAGGAAUUCCAUCCGGAACUGCCCAAGGACAUGUUAGGUAAGCAUAUCCUCAUCAAGUCAAAGAAGCCAAGGGUUUUUAAGUGCCAGUUCUGCCCCAAGAAAUUCAUAAGACACAACCUGGUGUGCAAGCAUGAAAGAACAGUGCACAUGAACAAUGGGCGCUUCAAAUGUGAGUUCUGUUCGAAGACUUUUAUGGAGGAAUACAACUAUACUCUGCAUAAACGUAAGCAUACCAAGGAACGCCCCUUCAAGUGUUCGGAGUGUCCUCAGUCCUUUGCAUCGGAGAAAGCGCUCAUUAACCACCAACCAGAGCAUCGUGGGGAAAGACCUUUCAAAUGUGACGAUUGUGGGAAGGCAUUCCGCACGAGAAAAUACAUGCUGAAGCACAAGCGAAGGCAGCAUAUGGCACCUUCUAGACUCUUCAAAUGUGGAUACUGUGACAAGACUUUCAAAGACAACACCGGCAGGGAGCGCCACGAACGUCGCCACAAGGGUAUCCGGCCCCAUGUCUGUCUGACGUGUGGGAAAGCGUUUGGUACAAAAUAUUCCUUGCAGACUCACUUGCAUGUUCAUACAGGGGAAAAGAAGUUCUCAUGUCACAUUUGUGGUCAGAAAUUUGCCUUGAACAACACUCUUAUAAGGCAUCUCCUGCGACAUGACAAGGAGUCAGCUCUGAGUGACCAAAGUAUUUCCAGCGUUCAGGACAAAGUUGCUCUUCAGAACAGCUCAACUGGUAACACAGGACUCCAAGAAGUUCAACUCCACCCGUCGUAGUAGUAAUUAGGAUAUCUUCCCUUCCAUCAUCAAGUGAUUUGCUGAUUAAUCAGAACUUGAGUCGAGAGGUGCAGAUGGCAGACGGGACAUGGGCAUAGACCACAGCAAGGGGACCGACCCUAAACCAAU